AUGGAAUACAACUCUCUGCCAUACUCAAGGCGCAGACUCAACAACUAUGCUGGUGAGCAAGAGGGUAGACUCAACAGAGAACAUCACCACAGGUCUCCAAUUCGUCAAUGGAGAGCCAAAUCUCCAGUGUUGGACAACGAAGUCACUCCCCCUAGUGCUCCCUUCCAACCCCCAAGACCUUCAGUUGGAAAGAACCUAGAGAUCACUGAUUUUCCUCCAGCUCCGUCUGAUACCUCUAGAGAGAAGGUGAUGGAAGAGCUUCGACUAUCUACUCUUCAGUACGUAGCUCACCCUGAUCCUGUUGAGUGUGCAGCAAGAAAACAACGUGUACUUCAAAGUGAAAUGGAUGGCACCGUUGAUGAAACAGCGACACGCAUGCUACAAGCCUCAGGGUCAGCUGUGUUUGUUCAGCCGGAGAUUCCCCCAGAACCAAUGACCGCUCUACUAGCUACGCAGGCAGCACCACAGGAAAUUCCAGCUAAUCCGCCCAAGAGACGAGGAAGACCACGAUUAAAUACUUCAAGAAGAACAAGCGUCAGACUUAGCCCAAAAACCUUCGCUGGAAUGGGAACAAGAAGAAGAAGUUCAACUCGUCAACACGCAUCUCCCGGGACAGCAUCUCGUACUGAUACCCGUCAGGCUCCUUCUUAA